UGCGGUGGUGGGGAGGGGAUGGGAGGGGAGGGGACUCCCGCCUGUAUCUGACCCUACACCCCCACCCCCUCCCUCUCCACGCCGCCCGUCAUCUCCCGUAUGGCAGGGUGGAGGAGGGUCUAUAAAUAGUGGAUCACUAAACUGAAGGGUCGCAGACGACGAACCUGCGGCUUCAGGCUUGGAGCGAUCGCAGGCGACCACACUGAAAGACAUUAUAAUUGAAGAUCCUUUACCGAGAAAUCCAUUGGGAUAACCCGAACGAGCCUAACCCUGACCUAGUUCGAGCUCCGUCAAAGGGAGCUGAACAACUCCAGCAGUUGGAGCCGCUGCUUCUCACACAGCCCUCACCUCCCUCUCUCCCUCGCUGUGUGCAAGGCUCUGGUCAUGUCCCCGAGCAGCUUACUCGUUCUCUGGACCGCGCUCCUCAUCCUGGGCAUUCAAAGGAUAGACAGCGGCAGACCCAAGGUCAACUCCAUCAAGUCUCCGGGUGGAGGGCAGUCUCCGGAUCAACUGCCCACAAACAGAUCCACUGGCGUCCAACAGGCGAAGGUCAACAAGAAGAACCCGUCCGGGAGCCAGAAGCAAGCGUGCAGCAGCGAUAAGGAGUGUGCACCAACUGGCUACUGUCACCAUUCUCAACAUCAAGGCUACCUCACUUGCCUCUCCUGUAGACGGAGGAAGAAGCGAUGCCACAGGGACUCCAUGUGCUGCCCUGGGAAUGAAUGCAGUAAUGGAAUCUGUGUAGCGCUUCUUGAAGGCGCUGCCCGCAGAGCCGCCACUGGGGAUAUCCAAGAGCAUUCGAAGAAGCCCACUCACCGUGGAUCCAAGGGCACGUACUGGCACAUUGUGGGCAACACCCAGGCUAAACCAUCACGCGAGAAAGGUCAUGAAGGGGACUCCUGCCUCCGCUCAUCUGAUUGUGCCGAAGGUUUCUGCUGUGCCCGUCAUUUUUGGACCAAGAUCUGCAAGCCUGUUCUUCGUCAAGGAGAAGUAUGUACGAAGCAGAAGAGGAAAGGUUCGCACGGCUUAGAGCUUUUCCAGCGCUGUGACUGUGCUAAAGGACUUGCCUGCAAAAUCUGGAAAGAGGCCAAAUCACGGCUCCACAUCUGCCAGAAAACCUGAGAGCAUCGGUAUUCUGCUGCAGCCCUGAGACUGUGCGAAACUAAGGUGCUUUGUACAACCAUAUCGUGUAAAUAAUGCAGGAUUUGUUAAAGUUGCUUUUCUUUAACAAGAAUCCUUUCUCGCUUAAUGCAAAAGUAUACGGAGGCCCACGGAUCACGGCAUGUUCAUAUUUGGGCCAGUCCAUGACCGGAUUCUAUUUUCAAAUUAAUUAAAGCGGGCAGCAUUGCAGUGGGCAGUGGGCAGCGUUGAGCUGCAGUCUCCAUUUUCCAUCACAGUUUGUAAUUCUCACGGUGUGGGUAUCGCUGACGAGUCUGGCAUUUAUUUCUCAUCCCAAUGUCCCUCGACAAAAAUUGACGACAGCUCUUCACUUUGUACUCCUCCUGUUGGAAAAGCACUCACAAUGCUCUGGAUGGGUUUUGACCAGCAUUAUGUGAAUUAUAGGUCAACGCGUAGAAUCUUACAGUGCAAGUGGAUGCCAUUAGGCCCAUCGGGCCUGUAACAGCACUUUACGACACAUGGAGAUGCAUGCAAGCAUGUAUUUAUUGACCUUUAAUGUUGCCCCUGGGAAGGCAUGAGCAGUUGACCUUUUCCUCGAAUAUCAGCAACUUUCCGAAUCCAUCCCCCUUUGCAGGCCUGAAGGAUAAUUGCUAAUCAGUUCUCUUCCCCUCCAAAACCCAUUGGGUUUAUCUGCAUAGAAGUCCAUUUACCAUAGGCACACAAUGUUACACACUCAGAACAUCUUACUUACAAUGUAUGGUUACACAUCAAGAAAUUUCAGUGCAGAUAAACUUAAUAAUUGGAAACAUGCCAUUCAGCCCCUCAAAUCAUAAUACUAUCCCACCCCCCUUAGUUUAUUUACCCGCCAUUUCCAUGCUGUGGCUUGAAAUCCCGUUUUGAUACCUCAUGACACGAGUGGCACAGCAACUAAUCAAAUUCCUUUUGCAAAGAUCACAUUUGCAAUUGAGGAAAUUAAGACACAACAUUCUUCGCUCAUAGAAAGGUGAAAAAUCAAAAGGUUAUUUUCAAUUAAUCAUUAUAUGUUUCAAGAAACUUGCUGGAUGGUUUAUCUUAAAUAAUCUAAAUCUGUGAAUCAGGUUUUUUUCUUCAGCCUGUACGUAUGUAGUUUCAAAUAUUUAAUGAAUGAACGUAUUGAAAAUACAGAAAAAGUAAUUGAAAGGUCUGAUGUCAAAGUGGGGACGUAUAGUAAAUGUGGCCAGUCAACCUGUUGUCAAUUUGUCUAUUUAGAUAAAUAGGUGAGAAAAAAUAACAAUAGAAGAAUAUAGGAAGAAGUCAGAACAACUGGGAAAAUAAAUAGAAGAAGAAAAAAUUAUAUUCAAUGUCUGAAGUAACACAGUGAUGAAUUUUGUAAAGAAAGAAAGGAAAUAAACUCUAACCACCUUGUCUUUGGCCUUGUACACCGCUGCAGUGUGACACAACAUUGGUCUGAUGGUCAAUAUCUUAUCUUGAAGACUCACAUCAAAUGUUCAAUAAUUUCAUAUAAUCAUCUUUAGGCAUUUGACAUUGCCAGAGUUAGAUGUAUUUUUAUGCCAGCCACCAGUCAAUCACCAAUCCCAUUAUCACACCCUUUCACCUUGCACAAUCACCCCAUUUAUCAUUUAUCUUCAUUCUUUCACUCACCUUCCCUUGCGUUCCUUCUUUCACAUCAAAGCUGUUCCCAGUUCUGUUGAAAGGUCAUCCAGUGUUGAAAUGUUAACUCAGUUUCUAUCUUUAUAGACAUUGCCUUAUCGACUGAGUAUUUUUCUGACUUAAUUUCAGAUUUCAAGCAUCUGCAGCAUUUAGCUUUUGUACAAGAAAGUAGUAUAUUUUGAAGGAGAUUCAACAAACUUUGCAGAAAUACAAAGUAUGGGAUCUUUUCUGAGAAGACUGAGAGCAAAAUAUAUAGAAUCCUUAAUUUUGCAAAAGUCAAGGAAUUUUUGCUAUAUCUUUAUUAAUCUUGGUAUGGUCUCAACUGGAUUACCAUAUCCAAUUCUGGGCACCAGCAAGAUGCCAAAGGCUCUACGUGAUUUAAUACAUGUUUAACAAGGUUAUGUGAUGAGAGAAGAGAAACAGAGGUUAAUCUUUCUGGAGAAAGAGAAGGUUACGGUAGGAUUGAAUGGAAGUGUUCAAAAUUAUGAAAGUUUUAAGAGGAACUAGAUAAAUUAUUUCCACUGAGAGGAGAGUUUAUAACCAUAGUUAUGGAUAAAAGAAAAAGACUGAUGAAGAGGCUGCAUGUCGUGAUAUGGAAUGCACUGACAGAUGGGGCGGUGAAGCAGAUAAAGGGGAUUUUUAGCACGGAAUCAGUUAUAAAUGUGGGAAAAGAACUAUGGUGAAGUGUAGGAUAAUUGCUGAUAUUUGUAAACUCCAGCACUGAAGGCAGGGUUGGCCAUUUUCUUCGAUUUUCCCCAAAGACAUCACAACUAGUCCACCGAUCAAUCAUCCAGUUAAUUAUUGAGUUGAGUCCAACCAGUACUGGUGCUGGUUAAACAACUGAAGAUUCGGUACUUCAAUAACAUAGGUUGAAGCAUAGUUCAUAUAUUGGUGGUAGACUUGUGGAGAUGUGAUGUGUGGGUUGCUGGGUUAAUUGGCUGUUGUAAAUUUCCUCUAAUACACAAAUAAUUGGUAAUAUUGCAGGGAGAGGAGGGAGUUGAUGGGAAAGGGUGAGCAAAAUAAAAUGGGUUAGGGUUGGAUUAGUGUAUGAAUGAGCAUUUGAUGGUCAGCAUAGACUCACUUGGCCAAAGGGCCUCUUCCAGUGCUGUAUCUCUCUGUGACGUUAAAACAAGUUACCAGCAGAAGUCCUUUGAAACCCGCAUUGGAGAGAGAAAGGAUGGAAGGAGAUUUUUAAGAUGCAGAUUGACAUAUUCUUGAUUAGGAAAAGUGUCAGGAGUAUUGGGGAGAAGGCAGGGGAAUGGUGUUGAGAGGGAAAGAUAGAUCAGCCAUGAUUGAAUGGUGUAGACUUGAUGGGCCAAAUGGCCUAAUUCUGCUCAAAUAACUUAUGAAUUUACAAUAAGGGAAGCAAAUUAAGUUGAUACACAAUGUCUUUCAUCACCAUCAGCUCUUAAUCGAUAGAACUGAACUGCAGUUGCAGUGUUGCCAGUUCCUGACUGCUCUGAAUGCUGAGCCCAGUUUUCAGUUUGUACUAAUGAAUAUAACGUUUAUUUUCCUUGCCAGAGCUCUCUACAAAUAUCAAUAUAUAUUUUUAAUAUACAGACACCUUGAGGGUUUAAAGCCCAUCUGAAGCAUAAUGCAAUAUAUAUUAGUUUAGUUUAUUGUCACAUGCACCAAGAUACAGUUAAUACAGUCUGCUAAAUUGAACCGCAUAAGUUAGGUCAGGCCAGUAAAAA